AUGGAUAGGUCGAAGCUUUUUCUUGUCCAAAUCAUCCUCCCGAUGAUUGUAGUUCUAUUUGGAUUUGUCAUAUUCGUUAUUUUGACAAUUGGAACUAAUCAUGGCAAACAAAUAAUAUUUGACGGUGCUAGUCAUGCACAUGCUUCGUUGUUUUCUCAUGUUUGUGACCGAGCAUGUGUACUAGCUCAAAUAAACUCUUCUGCAUAUAAUCUUGCAUGGAAUCUUGGCUUAUCAAAUGGCAAAUACUUACAGUCUAUUUCUAAAAUUGAAAACAAGGUUGCUCCUAGUCUGUUUUCUACAUUCUCUAUGAUGCAUUAUGUUUCGAUGGUAUCUUAUAUUGGUCAAAAUAGGCUUUUCUUCUCCUACUAUCGUCAAGGGAAUCAAGCUUAUGCUGUUUUCUCCAAUAACAGCCAAUUGUCCGAUGUUUGCAAUGAUACGUUUCAGUUUUAUGUUCAACCUGUGGAUAUGGAUACUGGAGUUAGAUAUGGAAAUAUAGUUGCAUAUUGUCCUCUUGAAUCCAAUAUCUUAAAAUGGAUUCAUAACUCAUUGGAUGGAAGCAAUGCGUAUGUUGUAAGAGGUUUAGGAUUUGAAAAUUUUCAAGAAGCACUAUUUUUAUUCUCAGCUCCAGUGGGCAAAAUAGGAGUUGUUUCAAUUGGAAUUGAAGUCAAGGACUUUGUUAAACUUGUUGCUAAUGUUGAUCUUUUCCGUAUGUGCCAGCUCUUGGAUUUAGAUGAUGUGUAUCCUUCGACAUACAUUAAGCCAUCCAAUACUUUAUUUGCUUUCAGGAAUGAUUCAUUUUCAACUUUUGCAAGGGAUUAUAGAUAUGUUAAGCGAAAGGAUUGGAGUCUUAUUCUUACUAUGCUCCACUUUGAAGCUUUUGGGAUUCAUUUGGUAUCUGUCAUGACCACUCGCUCAUUCAAGGAAAGUGGGUGUAGAUUCAAAAAGAUGGAUAUCAUUGUGAUCUCAUUAUUCUCUAUUUUACUUAUUGUUUUGUUUGUUGGGAGUAUUAUCAUGGGAGUGAUAUUUAAGAAAAUGAAAAUGAAAGAGAUGCAACUUUGUUCUGCCCUUAUCAAGCAAAAAGAAGCAACUCAACAAAUAGAGAGAAAGAGCAUGAAUAAGAGUAUGGCAUUUGCUAGUGCUAGCCAUGACGUGCGUACUUCUCUUGUAAGCAUUACUUGCUUAAUAGAACUUUGUCGAACAAUGGUGCCCCCACAUUCAGAUUUGGAUGAUAACUUGGUACAAAUGACUGCUUGCGCUUCCAAACUUCUUGAUAUAUUGAAUUCUAUUCUUGAUACAAGCAAGGUGGAAGCUGGGAAAAUUGAUUUAGAAGAGAGAGAAUUUAAUAUGGUUGAUGUUAUUCAAGAAUCAUUAGAUUCUUUCAAUGUUGCUGCAAUGAGUAAAGGGCUUGAGAUAUUUUGGGAUCCAAUUGAUUUUUCAAUUUUCAAAUAUUCUCAUGUUAAGGGAGAUCGCAGAAGGUUUAGUCGAAUACUUGACAAUUUAUUAGGUAAUGCCCUGAAAUUCACAUCCCAAGGGCAUAUAUCAUUCCUUGCUUUUGCUAAAAAACCUAUAUUUGAGAAAGGCAAAAUUGCUUCAAGGCAUGGAUUCAGCCUUUCACAUUUAUUUUGCAAGAAUAAAGAUUCUCAUCUUGUCACUAACAUAUCGAAUUCUAUUCAAAAUGAUCCAAGUUAUACCGAGUUUAUCUUUGAGGUAAAUGAUACUGGUAUUGGAAUUCCAAAGGAAAAAAAAGCAUUUGUAUUUGAGAACUAUGCUCAAGUUAAAGAUUCAUGUCAUGAAGGACUUGAAGGAACUGGUUUAGGACUUGGAAUUGUUCAAUCUUAUGUGCGCAUGAUGGGUGGCGAAAUUGGCAUAAAGGAUAAAGAUCAAGGGGAAAAAGGAACUUGCUUUAGGUUUAAUAUUUUCUUAAAGUCUUGUGAGGUACCAAAUGGAGAAGAUUUGACAAUAGAUCGCGGUCAGAAACCAAAUUUACUUCAUUUGGCAAGCUUAUGGGAUCAUAUUGGAUUUCAAUCAAGUGUUCUUACAGUGACAUUCAUUGAAAAUUUUAAUAUAGAAAAUGUCAAUAUAUUAUUGCUGAUUCAAGGAGAUGAGACAAAAAGGUUUGCCAAGAGAUGGCUGGAGGGUUUUGGAUUAAAAGCAUGGGAGAUAAGAAGUCCAUAUUUUCUCAAAUUUGUUCUACAAAAGAUUAAGCAUAAAUUGCUCAACCUGGGUGAUCUAGGAACAUUUGAUUUGGGAUUGUCAAGUAUUUCUUCAAGUAAAUUAAUAUCCCAAGACAGUGAUGAAGAGUUGGAUAUUUCCAUUGAUAAUCAAACUUCACCGAUGAUGGCGAGGGAUCUUCCUGAAACAUCAAUUAUCAAAAUGUUGAUGCCCUAUAUUGUGGUUUUAAUUGAUUCAAAUUUUGAGAAUCACUCAGAAAUUUGCUUGAUGCUGAAAGAAUUUUCUCAGAAUAUUCAAAAUAUUCAAUUUAAAGUUGUUUGGUUAGCUAAUUCAAAUGCUUAUAGUGCUGAGUUAAAUAAAUCCAAAGAGAGACAAUGUGAUCUUAUCUUGAAAAGGCCACUCUAUGGUACUCGCUUGCGGCCAUUGCUUAGCCUUUUCCAAGACACAACUGAAAGUCAGCAACUUGAGUCAAGAACAUUGACCGAAAUACAAAAGGAUGAAGAUUUUGAUAAAUCCUCUUUGCAUUUUAAGAGACAAGAAUUUCAUAAAUCUGAACCUGAAAAAAUUAGCUUGAAAAAUAUCAGCAAGGACAUUAAUCAUUUGAAUGGGAUGGGUAUCUUACUUGUGGAAGAUUCACCUGUGAUAAGUCGUUAUGAGUUUCUCUUGUUGUCCAAACUUGGGGCAAAGGUUGAGAUUUGUAAAAAUGGAUUAGAAGCUUUGGAUAAGGUGAAAAGUGCUUUACUGGAAACAACAAAUUCUAUUGAUCUCAGUCAAGCACAAAAAGAUUUGGAUCAUUUCCCUUAUGAUAUUAUCCUAAUGGAUUGUGAGAUGCCUAUGAUGGAUGGUUAUCAUGCUACAAGGAAAAUACGAAUAGAAGAAAAGCAGUAUGGUUUACAUAUACCAAUUAUCGCCUUGAGUGCUCAUGGAACUCAAGAUGAGGAGGAAAAAGCAAUACUUGCUGGGAAUGGAUACUUAUUUAGAAAAGCCACUGAAUGA